GCCAAAAUGGAGUUCUCACCACAUGUCACACCAAUAAUGCCGUCCACAACUGUGGUAGCUCAAGAUGAUACCGAGUUGCCUCCUUUUCAAACAUACUCAAGAGACUCCUCUGUGGGCCGUGGAGCAGCCGAGGCCAGUUCUAUUAGCAAUUCUGCUCAUAAUGCAAUCCAUCAUACUCAUUCCACUCAAGAAUCUAGCCCCGCAACAGUCGCAAUGUAGCGAUAUCCGUAUCCCGGCUACCACAGCCAAACAUGAGGGGGCGUCGGACCAGAUAAGCGCCCAGCUAGACAGAAUGCGCAGACAGAUACAAAGCAAAGAAAUCUGGAUUUAAGACGAGACUGUAAAUGAGUGUUUCCUAUGUCAGACUCUAUUCAUAGUAUUCCGCAGAAAGCACCACUGCCGAGCCUGCGGCUUAAUCUUUGAUUCCAAGUGCACUGCUGUUAUUCGUCCAUGGACCAUGCAAAAUUCGCAGUCCCG